UGCAGUGAAGGCUGGAGUGUGCUGCAGGCUGCAGCUCAUAGCCACCCGCACUCUGUAGGCAGAUGCACGCCAGGUCUCGCUGCUCGUCUGCCUGGAUUCAUGUGAGCUCCUCCUCCCUCCAUGUGUCUGUGCAGGCUCACUCGAUCAGAACCUAAAACGUGAACGCCGUCAACACUGACAGUCACUUCACUAGUGCAGCAGUAGAAAGCGUGAGAGCCAAAAGUUCGCAGCACUUUGGCACAUUUUAACAACAUUGUCUCUAGUGAUUCUACCAUGCAAAGAGGCUUAGAUUCAAGUUGCUUGCAAUCGUGGCACACCGUAGUGUUAAUUUGUUUUGUGCUUUCUAGAUGCUGCAGUGUCAGCGCAGAAAUAACUUGCAGAUCCUGCAGGUCACCAGCUCAGGUGAGGCAUCAGGGAUCCUUAAGUUUACCUCAUAGCCACCUGCAAUCUGAAGCAAUAGUGCAAAGGGAAAUUAUGGAGAACUCAUCUGGACAUUCUGCAGCAGAAAUGAAUUCCCUGGAAACAAAACAGUUCCCAGAAGGGUUGCAAGUUUCCAGAGGUGAUAUCAGGCUAUCAGGCAAUUCCUCAACAGUAAGUAAUUUGAACAUUUCAGCUACUGGAAUGACAAUGGAGAAGGAACAUGUAGUUAAUGUUAAGUAUGGUCAAAAGUUGUCGAAAUUGCAUAGGAAAGUUGAAGGUACUGAUGGCACCAGCUCUGGACACGAACCUAAGGGCCUGAACACGUCUUUGAGAUUAUUAAAAGAAGGAGUGCAAGAAGAGCAUUUGGGCAGGUGGAAAAGGAGUAACAGCGCUUCAACGGGACCUUCCGAGGGACAGGUGAAACUAAUCAAGCCACAGCCUGGUGCGGAGGACAGGACAAGCAGUUUAGACCAGAGGGCAGCUAAUUUUUUGCCAGACGGACGCAGAGUGGCUGACCGCCCACGGACAAGUCCAGUCAUUUUUCUUACUGAAGAACUGAAACUAACAACAAGCACUUUUUCUCUAACAGGGGACUCGGCACACAACCAAGCUGUCGUGCACUGGUCUGGACAAAACAGCAGUGUGAUCCUUAUUUUGACAAAACUUUAUGAUUAUAAUCUGGGGAGUGUUACAGAAAGCUCACUCUGGAGGUAA